AUGAAAACCGCAAUCAGUGUGCCCCGAGCAGCUCACUGCGCGGCUCCCCGCGCUCAUCUCUUCACACCUACUCUCGCCCGCUCAGCCACUCGCGAGCGCUCCCGAUUCACCUCCCCAGCCCGCCGCCACCUGAGCACAACGCCCCGUGUCAAGAAAGACGAGCCAUCCUCGUUCUCCUUCCAAGGCAUGGCCGCCCCGCCGCGGCUGCCCAAGGAAGAGCAAGAAAUCUUCGAGUCCCUCCAGCGCCAGUCGACCGGCGCAUUCUCGACGCCCGUGUCAGAACGGCGCGCCCCGCCGCGGAUCAACCAGUCUCCUGACUCGACGGCCGCGGAAGUCGCCGACGCGCAGACCACGGUCUCGCAGCGCGUCGACAGGAUCAGUACCGCCAGCGAGGACUCCGAGGGCGGAACGGGGCCCUCAGUGCUCAAGGAAAUGUACGACAAGGUGAUUGAGGCGAGGGGCAAGGGCGAAGAAUUACAUCCCAAUGUGGUCAGAGGGGCGCAGCCCGAGUUUGAAGGCGAUGUCAAUCCCAAGACGGGCGAGGUUGGAGGGCCCAAGAACGAGCCGCUGCGAUGGGGCGCUUCGGGAGAUUGGACUUAUAAUGGGCGGGCUACAGAUUUCUAG